CCGCAGAGACAGCGACGGCACCGGCACGGCCGCUCCGCACCGCCGGGACCGCCGGCCCGUCCAUCACCGCCGGCCCCUCCGCCACCACCGGCCCGUCCAUCACCGCCGGACCCUCCGCCACCGCCCCUCCGCCAUGAACUCGCUGCUCUUCGGGGAGAUGGCCCGCGCCUUCUCCCCCCGCGCCGCUGCCGCCGCCGCCUCCUCCUGCCCGCUGGGCCCCGGCGGCGGCGGCCCCGCGGCGGCCGGGGGGGGCCCGCCGGUGACGGCGGCGCUGCGGAACGACCUGGGCUCCAACAUCCACCUGCUCAAGGGGCUGAACGUGCGGUUCCGCUGCUUCCUGGCCAAGGUGCACGAGCUGGAGCGGCGGAACCGGCUGCUGGAGAAGCAGCUGGCGGCCCAGCAGAGCGAGCGCGACCGCCGGCUGCGCUACAAGACCUUCUCCCGGGACCAGGCGGUGCAGACGGACGGCGGGACCCCGCCGCUGGUGCCGCCGCCGGGCCCCGGGCACGGGCCGCUGCCGUCGCCGCCGCACUACGGGCGCCUGCCCGGCACCAUCUGGAGCUACACCCAGGUGCGGCGCACCGGCGGCGGCGGCCUGGAGACCGUGCAGGGCCCCGGCGUGUCCUGGGUGCACCCGGACGGCGUCGGGGUGCAGAUCGACACCAUCACCCCCGAGAUCCGCGCCCUCUACAACGUGCUGGCCAAAGUCAAGCGGGAGCGCGACGAGUACAAGAGGAAAUGGGAAGAGGAGCUGACGAGAAGGAUGAGCCUGGAAUCCAUGGUGGAGACCUUGAGAGAGGAGGCCCAGGAAGCAGAAGCUCUGCAGGAGGAGCUGAAUGAGAAGAUUGAGAGGCUGAAGGCAGAGCUGGUGGUCUUUAAGGGUCUGAUGAGUGAUCCCAUGACAGACCUGGACACAAAGAUCCAAGAAAAGGCCAUGAAGGUGGACAUGGACAUCUGCCGCCGAAUCGAUAUCACGGCCAAGCUGUGCGAUGUCGCGCAGCAGCGCAACUCGGAAGACGUUUCCAAGAUUUUCCAGGUGGCUUCCAAGAAGAAGGAGCGGAAGCUGCCGUCGGACGAGGAGCUGUCGGAGCAGGACGCCGACAACGGGCGCUUCUCGGACGAUGAGGUCAGCUGCUCCCUCAACAUCACGGAUGAGAUGAAGAGGAUGUUCAACCAGCUCCGCGAGACCUUUGAUUUCGAUGACGACUGUGACAGUUUAACGUGGGAGGAGAACGAGGAGACGCUGCUGCUGUGGGAGGACUUCACCAACUGCAACCCCUCCAUUGACCUGCAAGGAGAGGAAGAAAACCUGGGAAACUUGAUCCACGAGACAGAGUCUUUCUUCAAAACGAGAGACAAGGAGUACCAGGAGACAAUAGGGCAGAUAGAGCUGGAACUGGCCACAGCCAAGAGCGACAUGAACCGGCACCUGCACGAGUACAUGGAGAUGUGCAGCAUGAAACGGGGCCUGGACGUGCAGAUGGAAACCUGCAGGAGGCUCAUCAAGGGCUCAGCUGACAGGAAUUCUCCAUCCCCCAGCUCCGUAGCCAGCAGUGACUCAGGAAACACAGAUGAAAUUCAGGAUGAUUUGGACAGAGAGACGGACGUGGAGCCCAUGGUCAGCUGAUAGCAAGCGGGAGCAUUCCAGUCAAGGGGGAGAUGGAGAGAGAAGAAAAAUUCCAAACCAAUUGCUGGGGGAAAGGUGAAAGACUCGAGAGCCCCUGCAGAGGGACUCUGAGGACUCAUUCCUCACGCAUCCCCUCCCAGCCAAGGAUUGGUGCUGUACAUUUCUAUUGUUCUACAAACCAUAAAUGCAGAGUCCUGUAGGAAAACACGGUGUUUUAAUUGUGCCUUUGCCCCAAGCUGAGCCACUUUGAGCUCCAGUGGAAUAUUAAUAGCAGGUGUUUUUAUAAAAUAUAUUAUUUAAAAAAAAAACCAAACCACAAACAACCAAAGCUGGUUGGCAGCAGAGGAUGGUGCUGCAGAGGCUCUGGGUACUUCAAUAAGCUGCUGGUUUUAUUGAGCUGCUGCACUGAUUGGCAAAAGCAACAUUGGCAAAAAGAGCAGCAAAACCAAGACAAUUGUGGUGCAAUUACAAAUGUCUGGCACAAGAAAAAAAAAAAGAAUUGCCUCCAAAUUGAACUGCAAAUGUUUAAAAAUAACAGCGGGUUUGGAGACAGCUUGUAGCAAAAUUCAGAAGGUUUUCUCCAUCCCACCUUUUGGGGUGAGGGAGCCUUUGGGAUGUGUCCAAGGUUUCUUCUGGACUCCAGGAGCUGGAGGAGCAGGACUCAGCU